AUGGCUCGAGUUUUGCAACAAUACGCUUUGGCGGCUCUCAUCCUUGUACUAUCUGCAAAUGCCUUUACGUUUCAAAUAGCUCGACAAGGCGCAGUAUUGGCACCUCCACGAUCAUCAUCAAUACCAUGCGCACCAAAGUCAAACCUUUUCGGAUGUACCAGACCAUGCCGCGCGAAAACGUUCAUGACAGAAGCUGCGAAUGAGCCCGAGGAGCCAGACAUUAAAAGCACCAAUGAUUCCAAGACGGAGAAAAGUGAUGAAGUUGAGGAGAAGAGAACGCGAACAUGGUUGUUGACAGUUCCAUUAUUCUUUAAAUUUGUGAUAGUCCUCCUGUUGAAGUUCGCCACCGACUUGGUAGUGUAUCCACUACUCUGGCUCUACCGACUGGCUGGCAUUGUAAAGAGAAAAUUCAAGAGCCUCAUUGGAAGGGGGGACACCACACUUGACAAGACCAAUGGAGAAUCAUAA